AUGGCUCCCGGAGCCUUUGACCUUUUCGACUUUGACUCUCAUCUCUCCGACUUUGACAGAGCCUCUUUGUACGGGGGUGCGGCCUCGCCUUUCAUCAGUUUCCCCUAUAUCCAAGGUGCCCUAGCCUGCGUCGACCAGAAUGGCAGUGUUCCGCGGUUCGGCAUGCACCCCAGCAACUUCCUCUCGUCUAGCAGCUGGUGUGACGGCCAGUCGCACGUACGUACUGCUGGGUCAUUCUUGUCUCCAAACCAAUUCCGCAACAACUUCGUUCCUCCGGCCUCUGUCUCGACGGUGUCGAGCAUCUCUGCUGCUGAGCCUGAUCCGGCACUCACCGGACAGAACAUCUUCCAUGAUGGAAGCAAUGGCGCAAGCAAGGCUAGUCUAUCGUUCUCUCAGUCCUGCCAGACGGAUGACUUGUUUAUCCCAGCAUCUUUGCAGCCUGCCGACGUUGAUGAUAGAUGGCCAAUCAACUCUUCCUUUGCAACAGCUUUUCUCGGCAUUGGCUGGGGAUUCGAAGAAUCGACCCCUCAUGACUAUCCCCCGUCCAUACCCAACACGGUCGCCUUCUUGCCUACCUCCAUCUCUCAACCUAUGGAGGAGUCAUUGCCCGGCGCCAGCUCAACCAGCGCAAACUUCGGUGGCUCCAACUCUGACCGCUGUGCCAAGCAGGGGUGGGACGAGACUGUGAAAAACGGCAAAACGAACCAGAUUCGUGCCGAAAUCCAGGGCACUGCAUCGCUCGAGAAAAGCAACAAGCCUUCGUUGCCCAGGAACCCCAACAAGCCAGGGAAAGGACCCAGGCUCUUCUGUGACUGCAAGGAUCAUCCGAACGGAUUCCGCGGUAAGCAUGAGCUUCGACGUCAUAUCGAGGCUCGGCAUAAGCGUAUCAAGAAGUACGUCUGUCGCGACCCAUCAGCGGCCGGUAUUGCCUUGUCUGCUCCGGUCAUCGUACCAUUCGCCAAUUGUGGACCUUGCUUGAGUAAGAAGCAGUACGCUGCUAACUACAAUGCUGCCGCUCACCUCCGUCACGCACACUUUACGCCCAAGCCUCCCCGCGGAAAGAAGAAGGGACCCAAUGAUGGGAGAUGCGGCGGAAAAGGAGGCGGUACCUGGCUUACAAUGGCGGAGUUGAGGCCUUUGAUAAAAGUCGUCAAGCAUGAGCAAGGCCCCAGCGCCGACGCAUUCGCGCAUUUGUGA